GGCGUUGUCCGCUACGACCUGCCCCAGGGCGACCAUUAUAUUCCUGGUGGAUCCAGCCCAUUCCGUAAGGAUGGCCAGUUUCCACUGACACAGGUCCGCCAUCUGACAGACCUCAUAUACGACGGCAGCCUUCAGCGCCACCCGAUGUUGGACGCAGGUUCGUCACGAUCACUGUUUAACUGCCCGACUGUAUCCGGAUGGCCUUCGCGGCCUGUCUAUGAGCCCAUUCUAGCCCUCCGACUCGAUCGGCCAGAGCUGCGCAACGCCCCAGAAUCGCAGGCCACUGCUUUGCAGCGGGAUCAGCUAUGCGGCGGCCUGGGCCAGCUCAUGAACGGCCGUCUUGCCACGGGCAACCUGCUCGCUCUGCUCGAUGACGACGGCAGCGGGAUCGGCCUCAACGGUGCGCUGAAGGAGGCACGACGCAGUGGUGCUGUCACUUCAGGCUCAGACUUGUCUGUGUCGUCAGAACAAAAACUUGAGUCCAUCUACCUCGCCUAA